UCUGCAGACAGCAGGAGCAGAGGCACGCCUGACUCUCUCUCAGACAUCCCACCCAUGUGAUCUCACAGGCUGCCUCUGCUCUGCUCUGCUCCACUCUGCUCCAGUCAGGCUUCUGCCUUUCAGCCGGCUGCAGCUAAUGAGCCUUUGUGUGGCCAGAGAGAGGGAGAGAGACAGGAGGGAGAGAGCAACACAGUGACAGAGAGGGAGUUAAAGUGAGAAAGACUGUCGUCUUGCAACAAUAAAGCAUAUGGUACCAACAGUGUAGUCGGAGCUGGAAAAAUACUAGUCUCUGUCACACUCCUGCACCCUUUUUUUUUUUUUUUUUUUUUCUUCCUUCCCCUCAUGCCCGUGCAGCUCAGGGGUCGCUACAAGUCAGUGGACUGAACCAAAAUGGGAGUCUCUUCAUUCAUCAUGUCUCACCUUUUUUGAGUUGCCACGUUUGUGACUGUGGCUAAACUGCUGUGGGAAGAGGUGAAAGGAGUCACACUCUGCUAGUGGAUACAGGUGCAGAUGCGGCAGGCCAUGAGCGGAAUACUGAAGAGGAAAUUUGAGGAGGUGGAAGCCUCCUCCUCCCCGUGCUCUUCCGUGCGGGAGUCUGAUGAUGAGGUCUCCUGCAGCGAGAGUGGGGAUAGCAGCGACAGUGUCAACCCCUCCGCCUCGGGCCCUUUCACCCCGGACUCGAUUUUAAAGAGAGAGAAGCGCCUGCGGACGAGGAGGGUGCAUUUUGAAAAUGUGACCGUCUACUACUUCAGCCGGCGGCAGGGCUUCACCAGCGUGCCCAGCCAGGGAGGCAGCACGCUGGGCAUGUCCAACAGGCACAGCUGGGUCAGGCAAUACUCCCUGGGUGAAUUCGCUCUGGAGCAGGAGCGGAUCCACAGAGACAUGCUCAAAGACCACUUAAAGGAGGAAAAACUCAACUCAAUCAAACUCAAGCUGACCAAGAAUGGCACAGUGGAGUCUGAGGAGGCCAACACGCUCACGGCGGAGGACAUUUCUGAUGAUGACAUCGAUCUGGACAACACGGAGGUAGAUGAGUACUUCUUCUUGCAGCCCCUUACCACUAAGAAACGCCGCUCCCUGCUGCGCUCCUCUGGGGUGAAGAAGAUUGACGUGGAGGAGAAGCACGAACUGCGGGCCAUUCGCAUGUCCAGAGAGGACUGCGGCUGUGACUGCAGAAUUUUCUGUGACCCUGAGACGUGUGCCUGCAGCAUCGCGGGGAUCAAGUGCCAGGUGGACCGCAUGUCGUUCCCCUGCGGCUGCUCGAAAGAGGGUUGCAGCAACUCAACCGGAAGAGUCGAGUUUAAUCCCAUCCGCGUUCGAACCCAUUUCUUGCACACAAUAAUGAAGCUCGAGCUGGAGAAGAGUCGCGAGCAGCAGCAGCCGUCCCCGACCAACGGGUACCACGGCGAAACCAACGACCUGGGGAGCGGAAACCCUUUUGCUCAGUCGCAGCACAGGCUGGAGUACUCUCUGUCGGAUGCUGUCCCUCAGGCAGCCGGCAUGCACCUGCAAGCCGCAGACGAGAUGGAGGAGACGCUAGACGAGGAUGAGGAGGAAGAAGACGAGGACGAGGAGGAGGAAGACGAGGAGAAUGAAGACGAGGACGAGGAGGAUAGCAGCAGCGUUUGCAGCGGGCUGUCUGACUCCAGCACCCAGAGCUUAGCCAACAGCGACUCCGAGGACGAUGAGGUGGAUGACGAGGAUGAAGACAAGUCUGAGAAUUUCGAGGCCGACAUGACGACCCCAUCAGUUUCUCAAAGUGAAGUGGUUCCCUUGUCCUCUGUGCUGUGUUACAGCGAUGGCUCCGUAACACAUGACAACCACAUAAAUGGAAACACUUACUUAAUUAACUCCUCUUCGAUCGAGUACUAUCAGCUGGGGAGCUCCAGUGCCGUCUCUAAUGGCCAAACCAGUCAACCCAGUGAACCUUACGGCGAAGCCUUAGCAUUCCAAGAUCCGGCCAGUGCGACCAACGGUAACGUGUCCCAGGGACCAUUCAACGUGACCGCCGAGCAGUACACGGACUACUCCAGUCAGGCUGAGGAACAAUACACAGCCAAUCACCAUUUUACUCUGAGUAAAAAUGGUUCUGCGGCCCCGUCUUUGACCUGCUAUACACCCGACCAGAAGAAGGUGGUGUCCAAAGCAGCAUUCGUGGAACCGCCUGAGAACCAGACACAGUUUCAAGACUUCCUGAACAAUAACAAUCAGGGUUCCUACGGUGGUCACAGCUCCUGUACGACUCCUGAACAGCCUCCGCAAGAGUCAAGUCUUAAUGGACACUCUAACCUGACCCUCCUAACAAACAACACUAAGAAUCUCCCUUUACCAGACCCUUGCCCUGAGGUCGCAGCCAUUUAGUGGGCCUCGUCUUUCAAGUGUUCUUUCGUCAUUAUGUCUUUACUUGAGCCUGACCAAGUGGUAUUUCAAGAGAGCGUGAUCAUGGCCUUUUUGCAUUAUGUGACCUGAAGUUUCAAAGUCAUUUAUAGCAGCGUCGGACAUUUUCACCUGUAACUGUAAAGCCAUAGGUUCGUAAUGGUUUUUGAGGAAGCCAUUCAUUCUGGACUUUAUCUCCGCUGCAGCGUGUACGAAACUGCAAAACGGAGCAGGUAAAAAAAAAAACAAAAAAAAAACAUGUGAACCUAAUUUAUGUCACGCCGUGCUAUGUAUCCUGUAAUUUCAGAUGUAAAGUUCUAGUUUUAAAAAGAUAUUGUACUGUAGAUGGAACUUUUCUAUGUCUACCGUAUGUGUCAAACGUGCAAACAAAUGUUUAUCGUCAGGUUAUUUAUUGUUUCUGAAUUAAGUGUAGACUUAUAUAUUGUAAAUGUUUUGAUAAUAUGCAUGCUGUUUUGGGAAUCUCAGUGACAUUUGGGACAGAAAUUGCCAUUGUUUUAUAUAUAUAAAAAAAAAUGUGUUGUAAACAUAAUGUACAUUCUCUUCUUUUUGUCAUAAUUAUAUGCUUUUCUAUGGUUUUGAAAAGCAUGAAAAAAGGCCUGAAUUCUUAUUUGUAUGUUUUGAAUACGAUAUCAGUGACAUGUCGAAAUCGAUUCACAGCCCUUUGCGCUUAUGUGUAGGAGUGCAGUGGCAUGCAGUUGGUUUUAAAUGACGAAUACUUGUUUCCCCCUGCAUUUACUCUUAGAACACGAUCAGUCACUACUUCUUGACAUUUAGUUACAUAUCUCCAAAAAUAAGAAGCUAUGGCGUAUCAUACAAAACAGAACUCUGAUUAUUAUUAAAUUAGAAUAAUUGGCUUUGAAAGUGGAACCAGACCUGCAACCCCAAAAAAUUGCUGAUUUGAGAUGCAGUGUAAGCUACAUUCAUCUAACAACAGAUAUUUAUUUAUGUGGAUUGCAUAAAGAUGAUCUAUUCCAUUGAAGCAUUAAGUGCAAUAGAUUUAGUUUUUAACGGACUUUUAACCUCGAGGGAAAAGAAAAUGGACUGAGAUAGCCUUUUAAAGUCGCCAUGAAACUGCUAACGAUGUGCUUUAACAUAUUUAUGUUUUUCCAUUCUACACUGGACACAUCAUUUUUAUACACCCACUAGUGCAGGAUGACUCAUCAACAUUUACUUUGUCCAGGAAAUCACAAACUCUGAAAUGGUAUUAAGAACACCUACAAAACAGACAUACUUGUGAUUCAUAUGCUAUAAAAUGCUGUAAAAACACUUGCAUGUUGAAUUUGAUUUCAUGGAAACUUUAAUUGAAUAUCCCAGUACUUAAUAUUUGUAUUUUAAGAACCACAGAGUUCCUAAAAAUAUGCUACAUUAUGCUGUAGUGUUUGUAUAUGGAGUAAAGUGGUUCAAGGUUGACAAUCAAAGCUUAGUGAAUCUACUUAUCGGUGUCCAAAAGCCAGACAGUAUGACUCCCAAGUAAUUUAAGCCAUCAGAAAUCACUGAACAGCCAGAUAUGAAAACAUUAAUUACCAAAAAUCUGUAAAUAAGACAUUUGUAAAAUCACUGACGACAAGGAAACCGAAGUGACUGCCGAACAAUGGGGGACAGCAAUAAUUUAGUGAAUAGUACUAAUGCAUUGCCGAAUUGUUUACCUUCAGCUCUUUGCCCUUGCAUGAAUACAGAUAUUUGUCCCUCCUCCGAGCUUGCAAAUAUCUGCAACAUCACUGUAAUCGGACGGUUCAGUACUUCAGUUCUCGUGGUACAAAGGAAGUGUACGGACUAUUUUCGUGCAGUCGUCAGGCGGGCAUCGACGUAGCCUUUAGUACAGAUGAAAUGUGCCAAAGCAUACAGUGUUACAAGGCUACAUACAAUGCAUUCCAUCCAUUUAGGAAUCCUGUGUUUGUUUUAAUUUUCCAGUAUUUCUUAUGAAUGAUAUAUUGAAAUGUAUAUUUAUUGUGGUUUACUAAAAGUCUGUAUUGAGUAAAUUGCUUCUCUUCUUAAAAUAGUCUUCUGUUUCAUGCUGGUUGUGAGUUGUAAAGCUUCAUGUGCCUGAUUUAUUUAAUUCUAGCUCAUAUUCUGUGAAAUGCAUACGUUUUGCACAAAAUGGUACCGAUUUUUUUUUUCUCCUAUGUGUUUGGUUUCAAACUGUAGAUAGAGCCAACUUCAUUUUCAGAUGUUUCAUUUUGAAAUACAUUUUAUUAAAAUUUCUUUUGUGACUUAAAUCA